AUGGAUGACUACACACCUGUAUCACGACUUGCGAAGGAAAAAGGUGUGGUGAUAUUCGUUUGUUCCACUACAGGUCAUGGUGUUCCUCCAGAUAAUAUGUCACUAUUUUGGAAAAAAAUAAUGAAUCGAGCUUUGAUUCCAGGUCGUUCGCUCCCACCAGAUCUACAUUUUGCUGUCCUUGGACUUGGUGAUUCUUCUUAUCCUAUGUUCAACUUUGUCGCUAAAAAGCUUUAUCGUCGUUUGCUUCAACUUGGCGCCACUCCACUUUGCACAGAAAUUAGACGUGACCAAGAAUAUGAAGAAAGUGAAAAUUCGAGUCUUGGGUUAGCUGAUGAACAGUCCGACUCUUUGGGACAGCGUUAUAAAGUUCUUUGCGUUCCGACUUCAGAACGAUUAUCACGAUUUAUUAGUUGGGACAACUUGAAAAAUCCUGAUUUUGUGUUUAGUUUAUGGCCUAAAUACGAUGUCGUUUGUUCCAGCUUAGUGCACAAUCCCAGUUUACAGUCCACAAGUGAAAGUAAUUUGCUAUAUCAGCUUGUCAAGCAAGUCGAAUUUGACAAUGCGCAUUCGUUCAUGUCUAAUCCAAUCCCAACUAAUGCUCAAUGGUUUCAGGUGGUUCGUUGUAAACGUGUUACUAGUGCGGACCAUUUCCAGGAUACGCGACUAUUGGAAUUGUCUUAUAAAUCUGAUAUCGAUUUAAAAUCGGAUGAAUUUCGACUUGGUUCUGUGCUUUAUGUCCAGCCUACAAAUCGUAAAGAAGAUAUUUUGUCUUUUUUUCAAAUAACUUGUUUAAAUCCAACUGAACGUGUAAAAAUUACUCAAUGCCAUCCGAAUUUUCCUGUACCUCAUCUACUCAGUGCAUUGAAAGAAAAUGACUGCGAUGUGUCUAUUGCUUGGCUUGCUACAUAUUAUUUUGAUUUGAAUGCAACUCCACAACAGUGUUUCUUUGUUAAUUACUGUGCUUUUGCUGUCAAUUGUUUGAAGCUUUCAAAAAGCCCGUAUAGAGCACAACACAUAGACAAAGAUCGUUUAAAAUUAGAAGUUGAUCGGUUAACUGAUCUAGCUUCAGCUGAAAAUUCCGAUGAUAUCGAUGAUUUAUAUGAUUAUGUUUUCCGUCCUUGUCGACGUGUAGUUGAAGUACUUGCAGAUUUCCCGGUUACAUCAAGUCUCUUAACAUCACAGUAUAUACUUGACAUACUUCCUGGGCCGAUUCUUGCGCGACCCUAUUCAGUGGCGUCUCCUCCACCGAAAAUUGAGUUACUUGUUGCUGUGGUAAAUUAUCGUACACGUUUAUCAACACCACGUAUUGGAACAGCUUCAAAUUACUUAGCUUCUCUUAACCCUGGAGAUUGUCUUAGUGGAUGGUUUGGUACUAUAUCUGGUGGUUUUAACUUCGAUAGACUUUUGACACUUUCACCUCCUUCUUGUCUAUUGAUUGCUACCGGCACUGGUAUUGCACCGUUCCACAGCUUUUUGUUACAUCAAUAUAAUUCUCUUAUGUCUCAUUUGAAUCAUGAUAUGCUUCCAACAAACGUUCUCUUUUUCGGUUGCCGUUACUCCACAAAAGAUUAUUAUUUCGCUUCAGAUUUUAAAAUGUUAGAACAAAAGGGUUGGGUAAGGAUCAUCCCAGCAUUUUCCCGCGAAAAUACAUCUACCAUGUCGCCAUCACGACGUCAGUAUGUACAAGACCAAUUGAAAAAUUAUCCAGAAAUAGUUUGGUCUAUACUGAAAUCUCCACAAAGUCAUGUAUUCAUUGUGGGCAAUCAAAAAACAAUGCCUGAUGAAGUACGUGAAGCGUUAGUGUAUGCAUUGUCAAUGCAAAUCACACGGAUUCCAGUGGUGCUGAAAUAUUAUUAG